AUGCAGUACCCGGACGAGGUCAACGAUCUUGCCCAGCUAACAAUGGAGGAAUUUGUUGGCCAUUCCCAGCACCUUUUUAAGCAGAUUAAAGAUCGUCCUUCAGAGGUAGACUUUAUUCGCUUCGUAUUGGCAGGUAGGGCUGGGCAGCAGGCAACUGACGAGCCCGACGACUGUCAUGUCACUUUGAAUUGCCUGCAGGGCCUCCCUCCUCUUCCUCAGACUCGCAUCAGUCGGGACCUUGACUCUGCCAUUGGGGUAUCUUGCACGUUACCCUAUACAAGUGCUUUGGCGAUCUGGCCCAUUCCUCCUUUCAAGGAGGUGCUGACGAAAGAUAAUCAUGCUCAGAGUCAUGCAUACAAUGAUCAGGUGAGACUAGUCAAUGGCGAUAAGAUUCUCGUUCCCAUGCACAAAAUUCCUAACGUGCCGUUGGGCAAAGUCCAACAAAGACAUGUCGUGCGAAUAUUCUUUCCUCGGCUCUACAGUGCAGACGGUGCAGCUAUGGUGUCUCAAGAGAACUUGGCCCUCGUCUACGACCGUUGCCUCCGCCCCACAUUAGCAGAAGUUCUGCCGGAAUUUGCUGAUCGGGCGCCAACAUCAUAUGCUGCCGCAUACAUGCAGGCGAAGACUCGCGCCGGGGGGCUCGCGUUCAACACCCUAGACGUCCCUUGGAAUAGAUUGGAAGAAGUUGCCACAGUAUUGCUAGCCAAACUUCAGGAGCAGGAGCCUGCUUUCAGGGACGCGUAUUUUGUCCACGAGCUGAGGGGAACGAAGGGGGGUACUAUACACGAUGGCGAGAAAGAUUGGGAGCGACAGAUGGCUUUCGAAGAUAUGUUCGAGCAUGUCGAUGUCGAUAAUUUGAACCCUCAGGAGUGGCUGGUCGAUGUCGCUUUGACCAUUGGAGUAGAGGGACAUGUCGUCACAUGG